AUGUUUCUUACCCACAUCAACUACUAUGUGGACAAGAACUGCAGUUAUGGUGUUGUCGGGGCUGUGGUGCUUGUGAAUGUGUACGUACUACAGUACCUUCCCGACACUAUCGUGGUUUCCUUCUUGACCGGUUGCGCGUGCAUCGCGGCCGCGGUCAGCAAGGGGCUGAAGCGCAUCAUCAAGCAGUCCAGGCCGCCUGGUGCGCCAAAGGUGAGCCCAGGUAUGCCGAGCAAUCAUGCCACUAGUCUAUCAUUCUUGUGCGUGGCGACGGUCUAUGGCUUGCAGCGCUGUGCGGUCAGCACUGCUAUUGUUCGUGGCAUGAAUCAGACCCUCUUCUACACGCCUCAGCUGCCUUCUGCCCAGCUGUCAUACGUGCUGCCCCUGCAGGUGUUGAUUGCAGUGUAUAGCAUGUAUGCGGCAGGCUUGCGGGUUGCUUGGGGCCAUCACACAGUGGCGCAGGUUGCUGCGGGAUACCUCUUGGGAUUCUUCUUCGCUAUUUUGUCUUUGGCGGCAAACUACAGCGGCUACACUGGCUCUCGCUCUGGUGGUCGCGUGGAUGAUCUGCCUCUGCCGGUGAAGGCAAUUGUCUUUCUCGCUAGCGUUGUGAUCUCGGCGAUGGCAAUACGUUCAAUCAUUCGUGGUGCCCACGUGCCGCGUAGCGCGCGCACCGGCCACUUGUCCUCCUGCGGAAGGAGAGCGAAGAGCGAUGGAGGGGGAGUGUGA